GUCUAAUAAAAGUAAUAUAGUAAACAAACAAAACACAAUUUUUAUUUCUUGAUAUUUAGAUGCUGUGUUUCAGUUUCAAGAGCAGUUUUUGUUCUCUCCUUCGUGAGAAAAGACAAUGCUGGAAAACAAUGAAAGCCACAGUUGUGUAUAUGGGAUAGUAUUGUUUAACAUGUUUUUAAGCAAAUCCAUGACCCAAAGGUCUUUACUGGAAUAAUACUAAUCUCUACAACACAUCUCCUUGUAUACAAACUACAGGCAAAUAACCAGGCUGCAGGUCCAACGUUUCCUAUGUUUCUUUACGUAAACAUUUCCGGGCAGAAAAAAAAUAUACUCGUUUGCAGCUUGUGUGACCUUGAUUACAGAUAAACUUUUCAAUUCUUUGAUUAGUUGUCAAUGCUCUUAAGCAGAACACUGCAGAAUUGUACAUUAAUCAAAAAUCGUCUUUUUCUGACUUUAACGCCAGAGACUAAACGGUUCGUGUUAGAGGCAGGUGGGAUCUCUUUGAUUUUUUAUGAAUGCAGAUGAAAAUCUCUCCCGCCCACCAGGUUAUUUGCAUCCACAGACACCUGUAUUUUAGGCCUGCAGAACAUGAGCUGACUCACAGACAGCCCCGCAGUUCAACAAUGGAGGGCCCUCAACCAGGCGAGAGUCCAGACAAUGAAUACAUGGCGAUGGAUUCUGACCCGUGGGAAGACCAAGAUGACACUUAUGAAAACGGAGACACUCUUGACAUUGGUAUAAGACAAAGAGAGGUUGUGCCAGUGCCAGGAGGAGCCACUCAGCUGACUAACAGGGCCUCCCGGCAAACUAAUGACACUCCCAACCGUCCACAGAUCAACAGUCUGCCUCUCCCUAGCAGGUACAUGACUUUAAGAUGGCCUCUACCGAAUGGAAACAUAGCAUCGGCGAAAACAGAGCAAUUAGCCUUCUUGCAGAGAACCAUGGUGGGGCUGGUCUUGCUGUGCCUACUGUUGCUUGUAGUAGUGCUUGGUCUGAGCUUUGCUUGUGACAUACUCACAAGACUCCACAAACGGUCACUAGAGAAACAGCUUGAAGGAAUCGGCUUGCGGUGUGGACCAAGAUACUACAUUUCUAAUGAUGAGAACCGAACCUUUGAUUCAGAGCUGUAUGUCUUAAACUGUGAAAUGUUUAAGAGUUACAUGAGUCGAGAAUCGUUCGUUCUUCACUUGCAAAACGGCUCAUGUAAUAACUCAUGGAAGUGCGAGUGUUGAUUUAUGGCCGAUGGAGAACAGGAUUCCACCCCUCUCUGUAUAUGCUUUGUAUUCAAAAUAACACUGAUCAAUAUCAUAUAGCUACGACAUUCUCUACAUGAUAAAAUAUAUUGACAUUUUGUAAUUUAAGAAGAAUAGAUUAUGUUUAUUGUGUUGUUCAUUUUAAUAUUGUAUUUUUAUACUUGUGUAAACACACACAUGUUGUCAUGUGUUGUCUUGAGUUAAAAAAAAACACGUUUCCAAUGCUAUUUCCUAUGCACAAAAGUGUGAAACAUAAACUAACUAAUUACAGUUAUCUAAUCAAAAUGUUAUCAAAACAAAAAUGACCACUUUUCCUUCUCAUUAAACUGAAUGUAAGGCAUUUUAACUUUUAAGCUUUUUAUAAAGUAACACAAGAAACAGGUUAGUUGGAUUAACUCUACAGGUUUAAGUUGAAGUCACCCUGGUAACCGAAAUGCUAACCAUAGCUUACCAAAUGAAACAUUAAAACAAAAUUAACUUAACAAAAACUAAUUAGGGGUGCUUUCUUAGUUUUCAAAACCUGACUCUCCAUGUUUAUUACAAUUGAAAAUAUUUUCAUAAAUACAAACUUGUAUAUAUUUUUUUAAUAUAACUAAAUGGCAUAGCUCAGCAGAAGGUUGGGCUGCCUGUUAGAGAAAACAGAAAAAAUCUGGUCACCCCAUCACUCUGACUUUCUGAACAUAAAAGGUAUGAUGGAAAAAUUUGUGUUUUUGAAUCUGUAACUAUUUAUCUCUCAGUAUACCUUGUUAUACUGAGGUAUACCGUGAAAAAAGAUAGGAGAUUGAGAAACAUAUGAUCAUAGAGCUAAGCAAUAUAGAGAUAUUUGUUGUUUUGUAAAAUAAAAACAAAACAAGUCUUGUAUUUAUUCCUGUCCGAUGCUUUGUGAGCUGAAUAUAAAGUACCGUAUAUAGAACAAAAUGUUGUGUUUUACUCUUUUAUUUAAAAAAAUAUAGCAAUCCUGAUUAUAUUUAAAAACAAGGUUACAAAAGUACAAUUAAAUCACAAUUAUACAUCACUAAGACAAAGAUAGAAACUAAACAAAUCUGAAUCUUCCCUUCCUGAGUCACAACUGAGAGACGUAUUGAAUUUCUUGCUGAUAUUAGAGAAUUGUAUCUAGAUUUAUCCAACUUUUUGAAUGUCAAUCUUAUAAAUGUAUUCUGAUAUCAAAAUAAAAAUAAGUACACCCACAA